GGUCCGGGGUUCGAUCCCCGGCCAAAGCACACAUGAUAUCAAAAGUCUACCUGCUAAAUUUGGUCUACCGAUAUCACAUGCUGAAAAUUCCAUACUUGCACCAAAAUACUGUAUGAAAUCAAGCUAUAAUAAAAUAAAUAAUAAAAAUAUUCAUUUACCAUUUAUCGACGCAUAGGUUAGGAUUAGUUUAGAAUGAUUGUAAGCUUCAGAAGUCAUUAGGCCUAGUGACUUAAGUUCUAGUCUGUGCGCUUAAUCAAACCAUUUCAGAACAGUUUCAGGAUUUAAUCAUUAUAAAAUGUCAGCGUUAGUUUAGAAUGAGCGGGAUUUAAUUCAGAAUUAUAUUAAGAUUGGGUUGCUGACUUUCAUCCAUACAAGGACGUGAUUAGAUUUUAGUUCAUGAAAUUUUCGAUGAAAUUAACUCUGCUGAUUUGAUAUCUCAUCUUCCUAUUAGCGUUAUAUAUAUAUGGCUGCGGCUACUGCUCGUAUUGCGUGUACAUUUUUAUUCAUCACUACGACUGUAAGUUGAGUAACAUAUUCUCACUUUCCUGUUAAAAUAUAUAGUUAAUCGAAUGUCUAAGUACCCUGGUGUGCACUAAGUGGUUUUGAUGCUAAGGGUAUUCAAGUAACAAAUAUCUGUGUGUUAAUCAACAGAAAAACCUACCAAAGUAUCCAUUUGGUACAACUAGUUUAUCUUUUCCAUUGACAAAAUGUAUUUGGCAUUAAAGGGCGUGCACAUUGUGCUGCAGUUAUGUGUGGAAUGGUCACCAAAUUACAAAGUAUAUCAAGGUUAUUGGUCUUCACAUACAAAUGUUUUCGUUCACUUGCUGGCGUUCAUUAACUCUGUAUGAUUACUAAAUGUGAACUUAGUUGUGCGGCAUCCAUUUUAUGGUUCGAGUUUAUUACAACUUGCAUAUGCAGUUUAACAGUAACAAUGGCUGAUUUUGACUAUUCGUUUGCUCGUAUCGGGUAUAACGAAGUGAAAUGAAAUACUAAGACUUCAGAGAUAUAUAAGAGCUCCAUAAACGCUCAUUAACUUGAAGACAACUUUAAGUAAGAUCUUUCAAUAUCAUUACAGCACAGCUUGCUCGUAUUGUAGCACCACAUUAGAAAACAUGGUGCAUGUCAUUUCAUAAUUACAAAUUAUGAUGAGAUUUUUUUCUUACUUUUGCUACUAUUUGCUACAGUAAUCUGAACCAAGUAGUUGAUUGAGUCUGUUUUGCGCCUACUUUCCAAUUUAUCAAAGCACAUUUAAUCGUUGAUUUUUAAGAUAUAUUUUGUUGCAUACUUAGUUCUAUUUUCAUUUGUUUGGAAGUGCUCAUUUGAAGUGAUUUUCGACCUAGUUCGACUUAUCAAAACCCGUUUUUAUUUUAUGUUUGUAAACAGUUUGAAGCCGCUUCUUGUCUCACCUCUUAUACGAUAUUCCAGAUACGUUCACUGAACCCUAAGUAGAUAUCAAUUUCGGCUAUAUACUUACGUAACUAAGCAUACCGUUUACUACAUUCCAGUUUUUGGCUUAACCAAAAGUACUAUAAUGAAAAACGGUAGAAUCCUAUCAGACUACGUUAUGUUUCUUGCACUUACUGAACAAAAAUCUAAGAUCUAGUCGCAAUACCUUUAUCGCUAGUAUCAGUUUAGUGCCUUACUGCACUUGUAAUAUAUUCUUUGUUUACACAGUAACUUUCUGUUUUGCAGCUUUGAAAAUCAAGUUGUCACAGUUUAAAUGACUGAUGAAGUGUUGCAGCGUCAGUUACUUCAGGAAUUGCAAAAGCAACGAUUUCAACAAUUGGGCCAUCAACUCACAUCAAUUUGUUGGGAUAAAUGUGUCUCAAAGUUGAGUAGCUCAUUGGAUUCAAGAACAGAAAGUUGCUUAGUUAACUGUGUGGAGCGUUACAUAGAUGUUUCGGGUGUUCUUACGCGUCGUCAAAAUGAAACACGCCUAGGAUUUGUCGAUAUGUUUAUUUCCUCAGCACGAGUCCUUAGGUGCAGCAUAGGAUCUGCAAUCCUCUCUGUACCGCUUUCGCGUUGCUUAUCAAGCAAAACUGAUCCUGAAUUCGGAAUCACGAAUAUUCAAGAUGAUAAUGACUUUCAAAAGCGUGUUUUAGAAAAUCCAGCCCCAGUACUUGUCGACUUUCAUGCUAAAUGCAUAUUCGCUCAUUAUUCUACGGAUUUUGUAACAAUAUCUCCACUGAGUUAAUUUGCCUGAUGGAACUCGGCAAAGUAUCUUGAGCAUAUCAAAGCAGGUAAAUUAACUGAGUUAGAACUCUUCACGAAAGUCUAGUGUUUCAUAAUUACACUUCCUAGUAGCUCAAAAAGAAGGAAAUGCCAAAGUAGGAUGGCACCAUCGAGCAUUUGAAAUUAUGUACAGAUGUAUAAGAUAUAUAAAGGUAAACAAAAGUUUGUAGAUCCGCCCAACUAUGAUUACCAAUCACUAAUUUUUCAAGUUAUAGCAAUGUUUUAGGAGCUUUUGAAUCUCUAAUUAAGCCGAAGGAACAUCUCUGGUUGGUGCUAAACGUGAACAAAUCAUAGUUAAUCACACGCGUUCAAGUGAUGUGUUCUCAUCGUUCGCUUUCUUAAAACACCAUGUCCGACACCAGAUUUAUGUCGUCAGCCACAUAUUUGUGAUCAGAUAUCUACAGUCAUGUGUCUAUACCAUGAAUAUAUUAUAAAAUAUUGUUCGGUUGAGGAUCGGUAACACAGAUUAGAAUAAUUGUCAGAUGUCGGAACAACAUCAGUCUAUUCAGUCGCCAACGCGAAUUAAAGAUUGUAAACUUGAGAUUUUAUCGGUCAAAAUUCGUUCCUUCUUUGUUUUGUGUUUAACAAUACAAGCGUUACUCUAGGUGACAUCAUCACUCAUCUUCUUUUUCACUUGGUUCUAUCAUUCCCUUUUGUAUAUUAUUUUUAUUCCUGUUGGCGCGUUGAAGUAUGAUGACUCGGAUAAGUACAUUAUCAUUGCAGGUUCCAGCGUUAAGUUUCCAUCAUUGUUUCACUGUGUAUACAUCUCCAUGUCAUUUGUCAAAUCCUUAGUACCACUGGGAUGCUCGCACUGAAACAUAUGGUUGUAUUGAAGUGAGUCUAUCUUACAUCAGUCAGUUUUGCUACAAUAUACUGACCUAUUCGUUCAACCUUAUCUUCUGGCGUAACGUCACAUUUUCCUACAAACGACAGAUACCAAAUCAGCUUCAUCGUCUUUUGAACUGGUUAGAGUGAGACAAUUUAUAUUUUUCGAGCAAUAACCGCUAUUCUAUUUUCUCUUCUAUUUUUUAAUUCUAGGUGUGGUCCUUGUAAAAUUUUGG